AGUAGAGGUACAUGUUGGGCAGAUUACAUAAGGCAAUCUGGAAAGGUGGGUACUUCAUCGCUAACUGCUCGUGCUGCUGUGGCAGCUGCCCCGCAGUCGAUCCCAUCUUCGCGCCGAUAAGAUAAGGAUUAUCCAAAAAUUUCUGUGCCAACAUGGAAGGUCGGUGUGUACUCCGGCCACCGUCUUCCCACUCCCGGCACACUCUGCUCUGUCCCACCAGUCCAACCCGCAUACGGCCAAGAUGGUGAAGCGCAAAGUUGCCGCCCUCGAGAAGGUCGAGGCCAAUCUGGUCAACCUCCAGUACAAGAUCCGAAGGGAUCCCAAAUCAUACACUCAAGAGUUCUACGACCAAUGGCUUGCAUAUGAUGCACAGAAGCAGAUCUUCCUGUCAGCGCCCUCAACGGCCUCGUCCGAGGAUAUCCAGAAGUUUCACGACAUCGUCGACCUGAUUGCACACGUCGCCGACUGCUACCCCGAUCUCACGGGGCCGUAUGCCGAGGAUUUAAAGGCCCUCCUGACCCAGCAUCACGCGACCCUCGAUUCCGAUUUGCGCGACAAGGUCGUCGGCAGCCUGGGUUUGCUGCGAAAGAAGGAAAUCAUCGACUCGAGCAGCCUCCUGACCACGCUUUUCCCCAUUCUCGUGUCGUCUCCAAGCAAAACACUACGAGCUUUGUUAUUCAAGAAAAUCCUCAGUGACCUCCGUGAAUCAAACUCCAAGCAUACAAACCAUCGUCUCAACCGCACCAUUCAAACCGUCCUACACAACAUCGUCACCUCAGACCGCUCCUCGCCAAAAGCAAUAUGGGCAGUCAAGCUCACGCGCGAGCUCUGGAAGCGCCAGAUAUGGACCGACUCGAAGCCCGUCGACGUCAUGAAGGAGGCAUGCCUCGCUGAUAACGAGAAGGUUGUCGGCAGCGCCGUUCGUUUCUUUCUGGGUGGAGACGAGGAACGCGAGGAUCUAGGGGACGAGAGCAGCGACGAUGAAGGCGUUGAUAUCAAGAAGAUAAAGCACCAGGGUGGGAUCAAUAAGAAGUCGAAGAAGAGAGAAAAGGUGUUCAGGAAGGCCAUUGAGAAGGUCAAGAAACACGAGCGCAAGAAGAACCAACCUCACCCGCUCAACUUUUCGGCCCUGCAUCUCCUCCACGAUCCGCAGGGCUUCUCGGAGCAGCUAUUCCAGAAGCACCUCCAGAACACAAAGUCCAAGCUGAAGCUUGACCACAAGCUGCUUGUGCUCCAGCUGGUCACAAGGCUCGUGGGUCUGCACAAGCUCACCUUCACCUCCUAUUCGUGGUUCACCAAAUUCCUGACCCCGAAGCAACCCAACGUCACAUCCUUCCUCGCGUCUCUCGCCCAAGCCGUCCACAGCCUGGUGCCGCCGGAUGCGAUAGAACCGCUGCUCACGAAGAUCGCAAACGAAUUCGUGUCCGAGGCGUCGGGCGCCGAGGUCGCGACCGCGGGCAUCAACUCCAUCAGGGAGAUCUGCGUGCGGCAGCCGCUGGCGAUGAACGAGACCCUGCUGCAGGACCUCGUCCAGUACCGCAAGAGCAAGGACAAGGGCGUCAUGAUGGCGGCCAAGGGACUGCUCUCGCUCUACCGCGAGGUCGGCGCGGACCUGCUCAAGAAGAGGGACCGCGGCAAAGACGCGUCUAUGGGUCUCCGUUCAGGCGAGCUGCACCAGCGGAAGUUUGGUGAGCUGGACGUCGGCGGGAUUGAAGGGCUGGAGCUCCUUGAGAAAUGGAAAGAGGAGGAGAAGGAGAGAAAGCGGGCCGAGAAGGCCCUGCCCGAGAACGCGAAUAAGGGUGAUGAUGGCGACGACGACAGCGACGACGACUUCCACUCGGAAGAUUGGGAGGUCGCCUCCACAGACAGCAGCGACUCUGGCGGCUGGAUCAACAUGAGUGACUCAGAAGACGAGACCCCAGCCGCCAAACGGCCGAGAACCGACUCGGAAGCGCCGGCCCUGGUCGACGAGAACGGGGCAGAAAUCGAGGCAGAAAUCCAGCACAUCUCCAAGCUCGCCACAACGUCCAUCCUGACACCCGCCGACCUUGCCAAGCUGCAGGAGCUGCGCCUGGCCGCGAGUCUGGACAAGGCGAUGGGCAACCGUUCCAAACGGCAGAAGGAGCUGGCGGCGCGGCACGCGGACGAGCCGCUCACGGCGGAGCAGAUCGAGAUGCCGGCCAAGCUGCGGAAGAGCACCAAGGAGGAGCGGGUGGCGCUGGCGCGGGAGGGAAAGCCGGGCCGGGAGGAGCACAAGUCGACGCAGGCCAUCCGGAGGUCGAAGAAGGACUCGGAGGGCAAGAGCACGACCAACAAGGAGAAGUCGAGGAACAAGAACUUCAUGAUGACGAUCGGCAAGGCGAAGGCGAAGAACAAGAGGAGUCUGAUCGAGACGAGGAAGUCGCUGAGGGCUCAUAUCGAUCGGAGCAAACGGGGAGGGAGGAGAAGGAAUGGAACAUAGGCUUAGCUGCUGCCAUUCGAUUCCUUCAGGCUGUUCAUCUCUUAUUUACAAGAGUCAAUCUCAUAGUACUGGCUCACCAUUGGGCUGGGAAUGCACAACUUUACAGCCUGCCUCAUUGCAAUUAUGUCGUGAGAGAGUGGCGGAUCAUUGUAUUCCUGACCUCGAUCCUGACGGCGCCAGAAUGAAGAGCGUUCCCGGCCUUCUUCCCAUCAAGACGGAGCG